UGACGCUAGGGACAGGUGGGGGCAAUCAUGGUGCCGCUGGGGAGGGGAGAAGCUGCCGCUGCCGCUGUUGCCGGGAGCCGCGGAGAAAGGCCAUUACCUUUUCAUUUCUCACAAUUGGGCUGAGCACAAGUGAACCAUGGGGGAACACAGUCCAGACGACAACAUCAUCUUCUUUAAGGGAGAGGAAGAUGACCUAACCCCGCAUGACAAGAUGCUCAGGUUUGUGGAUGACAACGGACUGGUGCCUUCCUCAUCUGGAACUGUUUAUGAUAGGACCACUGUUCUCAUAGAACAGGACCCUGGCACUUUGGAGGAUGAUGAAGACGAUGUACAGUGUGGAGAACACUUGCCUUUUCUGGUGGAAGGUGAAGAGGGCUUCCUAAUAGAUCAGGAAGCAAUGUCCCAGGGUUACGUACAACACAUUAUCUCACCAGAUCAGAUUCAUUUGACUAUAAACCCUGGUUCCACGCCCAUGCCAAGAAACAUUGAAGGUGCGACUCUUACUCUGCAGUCGGAAUGUCCUGAAACGAAACGGAAAGAAGUAAAGCGGUACCAGUGCACCUUUGAGGGAUGCCCGCGCACCUACAGCACAGCAGGCAACCUACGCACCCACCAGAAGACUCACCGAGGAGAGUACACCUUUGUCUGUAAUCAGGAGGGCUGUGGCAAGGCCUUCCUCACCUCCUACAGCCUCAGGAUCCAUGUGCGAGUGCACACAAAGGAGAAGCCAUUUGAGUGUGACGUGCAGGGCUGUGAGAAGGCAUUCAACACACUGUACAGGUUGAAAGCACAUCAGAGGCUUCACACAGGGAAAACGUUUAACUGUGAAUCUCAAGGCUGCAGCAAGUACUUCACCACACUCAGUGAUCUGCGGAAGCACAUUCGAACCCAUACAGGAGAAAAGCCAUUUCGAUGUGAUCAUGACGGCUGUGGAAAAGCAUUUGCAGCAAGCCACCACCUUAAAACUCACGUCCGUACACACACUGGCGAAAGACCCUUCUUCUGCCCCAGUAACGGCUGUGAGAAGACAUUUAGCACUCAGUACAGUCUCAAAAGUCACAUGAAAGGUCACGAUAACAAAGGCACCGCGUACAGUGCACUUCCUCAACACAAUGGAUCAGAGGAUACAAAUCACUCACUUUAUCUGAGUGAGUUGGGCCUUCUGUCCACGGAUUCUGAAUUGCAAGAAAAUUCCAGUUCGACACAGGACCAGGACCUCAGCACAAUUUCACCAGCAAUCAUCUUUGAAUCAAUGUUCCAGAAUCCUGACGACCCUGCGAUUCAGGAUGACCCUCUGCACACAGCUGCCUUGAUUGACAGCUUCAACGGAGAUGCAGAAUCUGUCAGUGAUGUCCCACCGCCUGCAGGAAAUUCAGCGUCUUUAUCUCUUCCACUUGUACUGCAGCCUGGCAUCUCCGAGCCACCCCAGCCUCUGCUGCCAGCCUCAACUCCGUCCGCUCCUCCACCUGCUCCCUCCCUAGGACCUGGUUCCCAGCCAGCUGCAUUUGGCAGCCCCCCUGCUCUCUUACAACCUCCAGAAGUGCCUGUUCCCCACAGCACACAGUUUGCUGCUAAUCAUCAAGAGUUUCUUCCGCACCCCCAGGCGCCACCCCAGACCAUCGUACCAGGACUCUCUGUUGUUGCUGGGGCUCCUGCAUCAGCAGCAACAGUGGCAUCAGCCGUGGCAGCACCAGCCCCACCACAAAGUACUACUGAGCCCCUGCCUGCUAUGGUCCAGACUCUGCCCCUGGGUGCCAACUCUGUCCUAACUAAUAAUCCCACCAUAACCAUCACCCCAACUCCUAACACGGCAAUCCUGCAGUCCAGCCUAGUCAUGGGAGAGCAGAACUUACAGUGGAUAUUGAACGGUGCCACCAGUUCACCACAAAACCAAGAACAAAUUCAGCAAGCAUCGAAAGUGGAGCAGGUGUACUUUACCACCGCAGUACCAGUAGCCAGUAGCACAGGGAGCUCUGUUCAGCAGAUUGGCCUCAGUGUUCCUGUGAUCAUCAUCAAACAAGAGGAGGCCUGUCAGUGUCAGUGUGCGUGCCGGGACUCUGCGAAGGAGCGGGCGGCCGGCCGGAGAAAGGGAUGUUCUUCCCCACCCCCUCCAGAGCCGAACCCCCAGCCUCCUGAUGGGCCCAGCCUGCAACUGCCACCCUAGACUUCUCCCUCAUCCCUGCCCCCCUCAUCCUCCUCCACCGGACCCUCUUCCUGUGAGCAAAGCAGACAGGCUGAGGCUCCUCAGACCCUCCAAAAUGUUAAGUGCCAUGGAUGUGUCAGAGUUCCUGUCCCUCCAGAGCCUGGACACCCCGUCCAAUCCGGUUCACAGUGAAGCACUACUGCAGGGGUAGAGGAAAGAGCCUGGCCAGCAGCUUCUCCAGGGGAAGGGCCUGUGCGCACCCCUCCAGGAACAGGGUGAGCAGGGAGUGCCGGCCGGGUGUGAUGCUGCCUGCCGUCAUGGGGUCAGAAAUUGGAAGGAUGAAGAAAUCUGCCAUCUGAAAGCCUCACCUUUCAGACAUAUUUUCUUUACUCAUACCCCAGGAACAUCCAUUUUAAGGAACUGAUCUUUGGAGGAAAAAACAAAAAAAGAAAAAAAAAAAAAGCUAAGUUAUAAGUGAACUGUCUGGCUGCACUGUAUGUCACUUUUGCUUAUUGUUAUGUGAACUUGGAAAUUAAGGUUACUUGUAUGCAUAAAAGUUCUAAAUGAAAGGGUGUGGUUUCCAUCAAUUUGGUACUGCCCAUCAUUUGCACUGGGGUCAUUGUGGAUUGGGCAGGAGAGUUCACUGUGCCGGGUGUUGCUCUUCUGUGUCUUUAAUCUGAGGCAGCACCUGGAGGGCCAGACCACCGCGCUGUGACAGCGGGUAAUGGCAAGGGCAGAGGAGAGCUGUGAGUUAGACAGGGAGAGGUGUUUGUUGUUGGCUUGGUUUCUGUGGAGCUUGGAGUAGAAGCAGAGGGCCGUGCCCUGUAUCCUGCUCAGUCCUAGGGGGCAGCUGCAGGCCUCCUGGCCAUAGUGAAGAUGUGGUUCUGCAGGGCCGAGGCAACUGUUGACAGCUCUGUUGAUAAUGCUAAAGCGAUCUCUAGCACAGCCACAGUCUUUGCCUUCUUGGCUCUUCCCAUUUCUCAGUGCUUGUCAGUGCUUGAGGCUUGGAGUUCAUCUCUCCUAAGGAAGCGCCUUAUUUUAUCCUAAAGUAAAUGAGAGGCUCGUGGCCAGCGGCUGCCAGGGUCUGCCUGCCUUGGGUGACGUUUGUUUCCUCAGAGCAGAAGGGCUGCUUUUCCAGGGAAAGUACGAGCUAAGGGAGCUGGACGAGGCUUCAGGCGGUCGGCAGGCAUCUGGUACCCAGUUCUAGCGAGGCUUUUCUGUCAUCCUCUCCCACCUGCAUCGCUCUUGUCUCUUAGACUUGCAUACAGCCUCAUACAGUGCAAACGGUGACAUGAUCUCUAAACAAACAGGAAUAAAAACCUAAAAUGAUGAUAUUCUACUCAGGGUAAAACAAAAAAUCCCCUUCCACCAAAAAGCCUGAAGCUCGCAGUCAGUUACCUCAUUUGGAGUGUUUCGUUGAGUUGUUACAGGACUUUUUUUAUUAGUCCAUAGAAUUACACCCAUCUCCUUGCCUUUGACUCCAGGUUAUUGCCUCUUCAAACAUAAGUACAAUCUAUAGGAGAAUGGGGUGUGGCUGUUCUUUGGUGGCCAUUGGUGUUUGGCAAGCUCAGAAGGUAGCUGGAUCCGGAGACUAGAGGAGGCCUUUGCCUCCCACAAGAAGCAGGGUCCGGUGCCCCAACAGGACAACCAGAGAGCUGUGUAGGUUGAGCCUUAGGGCCAGCUAGGAUGGUGACCCUUGUCUUCAGGCAAGAUAUUUAAGGACAACUGGCCAAGAGGGUCAUGGCAGCAGUAUUGAGAAGCGGCACAGGUACAAGCAGCUGAUCUCCCAUUCCAGGAAUGUGAAUUUCUGAUGUUCUACACCCCUCCCCCCCAAAAAAGUUGAUGGGUUUGGGUGACCAUAGACCUCCGCAGAAAUCCAAAAGGUAGGAAGAGCCCUCUAUUGGCACAAUGGUUAGUCCUUCUGGGGACCAACUGCUUGGGUGUAGGUUUGUCCUUUGCUGUCUCUGGGAUUUGCACUCACAGGAAGCUUUGCAAGUGAGCUUGUACCAAGAGGCAGUGAUGGCCCUCCCGCUUACUCUGCCUGUGAUGGCUGGGAGCUGCUGACAUAGGAAACAGGAGCCUAGGGAGGAUGUGUGGAAGGCUUUAAUGGUUUAAAUAUGGCUUCUUGGUUAGCUAGGGCUGUGCUCCUAAUGUCCAUUCCUGGGUCAUUGGCUUUUCACCCUCCACAGUUGGGGUAGUGAAGAAACAUUUGAGCAGUGUUGAGACCAAAGUGUUGCUAGGUGAAGGAGUUCAGUGAUUUUAGAACACAUGAGACUCUCAGAUCCAAAGAGCUUUUGGGAAGUGAGGGCUUUGCUUGCAGUCAGUGGUUGUGCAGAGCUGCUGUGUGACCCAUGGCAGACACUUCUGCCAUCGUUACCAGCAGUCCUCCCCCAUCCUUCCACAAGCCCUACCCCUAAUGCCAAGGACCUUGGAGAAGACGGAGUCUCCCAGCUAAACAAGAGCCAGAAAGACCCUUCAUGGAAAGAGUGUUUUCUCCAGGGAAUGACCAUAGGUUAGGUAAGGCCAAGAAGAGUGAGUUCAAGCAGGUCACUUUAAGCCUUUCCUUCCACAGCAGCCAUCACCACUGUCCCCCUGCAGAGCCUACUGGGGUGACCACUGGUCAGCAGUGGGGCUGUGGACCUAGGAGGUGGUCAGGUAAUCUUGGUCCCACCAAACUGCCUUAUAAAUGUGGCCCUUCCCAGGCAGGAAGGUAAGGCCGAGGGAAGAUAGCUCAGGCUCCCUGACGGGGUCUGACCAAUCUCAUGGGGCAGCACUAGUUUGGCCACAGGAGUGCUGUCAUUUAUUGACUUACUCUAGUUUAGGAGAGGCCUUGAGAUGUGGAGAGCCCUCUAGGUAGAAUGUAGCAGGGCUUCUCUUCCCUUUCAGAGUCAAUAAAUGGGAAAAGGUGGUGUUCCGGGUUAAGGCAGUAGGCUGACGGGGUAAUGGAAGUGCCUGAGGUUUUCCUGAGGCUUUGUAUGAUGCUGAAUGUGUCCAGAACCUCAUAUUGAUAUUUUAAAGAAAUAAUAAAAUAAAAAGCACUUUAGGUUACUUUAUCUUUAACCCAAUUGGUGCAAUUUCUAUUGUGUAUGUAUAUAUAUACAUAUAUACUUUCCACAAAGUUUUAUUUUUUGCUCAGAAUAAAAGUUAAGUUGAGGUG